AUGUUAUUUAUUAUUUUAAUUUUCUUAGUCGACAUUAUCAAGACAGAGGAAUAAUUCCUAAUUAUCAUCAAUACUAAUCUUGGAAUUCAUGAUGAUUUUGUAAAAACUCAUAUUGAAUUGGAUUCAAAAGAUAUUAAAAUCUUUUACGCAGGAAUAAUUGAUCAAUAUCCUGCCUCCGCUGCUAGAUUUGACCAUUUGACUUUUCGCGAUGAAAAUCAAUACUAGCUCUAUGAACACGAGGUUCGUCAAUAGAAACACCAGUUAACAUGUUUUGAUUCAGAAUACAAAAGCACUUAGAUAGAGAAAGGAAUAAAUAGUUAUUAAAAAAUUUUAUCAACAAAUGAGAAUAUGUAUUGAGAUUCUUGAUAUCGUAGUACUUUAGUCUUAGAUAACUCAUAAAUUCCAUGUAAUGGUUUUAUUUAUGAAUCAAUUGACCCGUGGAUAACUGUGUUAAUGCAAUUCGGAAUAACAAAAACAUAUUUUUAUUUUAAAAUAUUCUGUAAAAUUGAUCAAUCUAAUUAGUAAUCAUAACAAUUUUGUUCUCCUUUAUCAUACUUACUUCUGCAAUCAUACUGACUUGGUGGGAAAUAAAGAAAUUGGAAUAGAAGAUGAGAAGAAGAUCAUCAUUCCCAAGAAUAUUAUAAAAAUUAUAAAUCAAAUGA